UGCAUCGCCUUUGGUUUGUGUUUUAUCAUUGUUGGUUCACUAAUUUGUUCCUUUAACCAUAAAUUUACCACAAAUAACAUAUUUUUAGGCUUAGUUGUCUCACCCCACGUCAUCGUUGGCAUUUCUAUCCUUUAAACUCUAGAUUUUUUUGAUCAACUAUUAACUAUCUAUUCAUAUUCUGAAAAUUUCCGACGAAUUAAAGAAAUUUUAUAGUAGCAAAAAUGAUAAAUGAUCCGGUAGUUGCUAUAGACAGGUUUAUAAAUGAAUUGACAAUUUCUGUAAUGUUAGAAGAAUCACUUGGUGGCAUGAUAUCACAUGAAGGAAUUAGCCUGAUAAAUAUGGACGUUAUCAGGUCACAAAAGUUAUGGAGCGAAGUUUCUCACCAAAAAUCAAGGUUCAGGGCACUUGAUUGUUUGAUUUCUCGGCUAGCCAAUAUAAAACAUGAGCGUGUUGUGAUGAGGAUUCUUUGGAGUAUAGACUUUGCGAUAGAAAAGGCAUUAUUCUCACCAAGAGAAAUUGCUCAUUCAUUGGUAUGCUCGGAGCAUCUACGUGUAGAGUCUCCUAUCUUGUUUCGGUGCAUAUUUAAGCUUCUUCUGAAGCUCAUUUUCUUCUUGGAUUAUAAGAGCAACCGAGAAGUUUUCAACAAGAGCAUUGAAAAGUCUUCACAGUUUACAGAAAAAAUGUUCUACGACCGCAACUUGUUUUACGCUAUUGACCCUUCGUUAGAGUUAAUACAGCUACUGUUGUGUCGUGAGAUAUGCCUAAUGCCAGCCUACUUCGCUAUGCAUGAACUUAUUCGGAAUUUUUCUAGUGAGUUCGUCGACGCUCCUCAGUUUAUCCAAACAGAAUUUAAUAAAUUUAUGGACAGCUUCAAAAGGCCUGCACGCUUGCUGUAUUCGAGAGUUUACCAUGCAAUGACUCCUUUCUGCGGAAUCACUUCAUUAAGUGCUCCAAACUACAGAUUGGAUUCUUCUAAUCUCGUCUUGACCUCUAUCAAAGGUGCUAUGCGAUAUCCUGACUUCCUUACAAGCUCACAGUUGCCUCUUUUGUGUACAGUUUUGGGUCAGCUGCGAAGUUUUGAGCUUACAACUGGAAUGCUUGAUCCUGCAAAUGGAAAAGUUAAAACCAGAUCUGUAGGUCUGGAACUUGCUUUGGUCGAAUUAAUUGUUCAGGUUAUGGAACUGCUGGAAUCUACAAACGAUGAAACAUGGAACCGUACAAUCUUUGAACAUUUAAUAAGUGUCAUGAUUACCUUCAUGCUGAAUAGCACGGUUAGAUUUAACGAAAUUGUUGUCAAACUUAAUUCAAAAUUAGAAGGUCGUGCGUGGACUAAAUCAAGUCAUUAUGUUAUGUGGUUCGUUUUAAAUGCUACUUCUGGAUUCAUUGGGAAAAAUAUGUUAACGGAUUUUGUCCCUUGCCUCCGGCUUUUCGAUAUUUUGUUCCCCGAAGCGGAAGAUCCUGACCGAGCUAUCGAUCUCCCAAAACCAUGUUGUAGUAGAAAAGAUUCCACUGGUCAGUCAAAUGAUAAUGACAUUAUUUCAGCACAAAAAGAUGGAGUUUUGCCAAAAAGUCUCUUAGGCAAAGAACCAAACAGUAUCACAGAUAAUACUAACCUUAAUGUUUCUCAAUUUCCUAUCCCCAAAAAGAUGGAUAUCGAUAGCUCUGAUCUCAGUCGUGAACUUGUUAACUAUAAAGAUAGCGAAAAUGAAUCUCAGGAACAAAGCUCUACUUCUGCUGAAGACUCAGACAACGAAUGUAAUCAGAAUGAAACCGAGAGUUUACUUCCUCCUCAUUUUCGAUCCUCCACAGCUUGCUGGAAGCGCCAGGGUCGGCUUUUGCACUUGGCUACAGCUCCUGUUUGCCUCUGGCAGCAUGUUUUACGCAAAAGUCGACUUGGUCAAGAUCAUUUACCACGCGUCAUGCCUCCAGCACUAAGACCAAUAGAGGCCCGUAUAUCACGCCGCAUGCAAGCAUUAGUUCAGUCUGUUAGUUCUACUCAAAUAUCUAAUAGUUCUAUUCAUAUGGUUUCAAAGUUGACAUGGAACCAACUUUUCAUUGUGCUCAAUGCUUUUAGUACAGACAACGAAGUUAGUCAAUUAAUACAAAGGUUGGUAGAUACAUUUUGGGCAAAUGAAGUUGCAAAGGAUAAUCAGAAAUUAGAACAUGGACUUUUGUGGUCACGGUUAAUAAAAAAUGGGAAAGUUGAACUGCCAUACGAUCUAUCAACUUACGGUCGUUUACAACCUCUAUCUCAUCAUCUUAUGCGCACAAUGUCUGUUCAUGUAAGAAUGCUCGUCUUACAUUUCUUUUUACAGAAAUUCUCAGUCCUUCCCAAUUCCAAUAUACUGUUCACACCAGCUGUUAUAGAAACAUUUUGCCGUAUUUUAGCCUGUCGUGAAGUGGAAUCAAACAGCGUGAAUAGGAUUCUAUGUCUAUUAACUAAACUACAACCUUUAUGGUCUUACAAUACCGCAAAUACGGAACCCAAAAGUACUGUUUUAUGUUCGACCACUGAUGCAAAAGUCACCAACUACUUUACAUGUUCACUUGUUUACACAUUGCUCGAUACAUUAGGGUUCCGUCUUGCGGAUAUACUUACACCUGAGGUUCGAAUUCAUGCUCUUACUUCGUUAAUAAGUUUAGUGAAAUUAUGGUCCAAUUGGUGUACAUCUAUUCUUGAUAACAGAGAAUCUAAAAGUCUUUGUGAUGUGGCAACUAGUGAAAUUCCUAUUGAACUACAAUAUUUGUUGGAUUGGAAUAUUCUAAAAUUUGCGCGAAGCAUACAAGCCCCAGAUUGUGUGAUUUAUGGGUUUUAUUCAACUCUUACUUCUUCUACAAUUGCUCAAACACAACCGGGAAAUAACAGUUCACAUUCUGUUAAUAAUUCUGUGUGUGUAUCGCAACCACAAACAGUGAAUAUAAUAUCACAACAGAGCAGUGGUUUGGUCAGUAGCACAACUGUCUCUGUUUCAAUGAAUCGACCAUUUAUACCUGUAAAUGCAGGCAUACCGACUUCUAUUUCAUCUUCCAGUACUAUACAACCAUCGAACGAUCCAGUGUUGUCUUCGAAUACGGGUGUAAAUUCACUUACAGGUGGAUCAGGAAAUACGGGUUUUCCGAAUUCAAUACCCGGUUAUCCAUUCUUAAUGUGUGAUAAUAUUGAAGUUAAUCGUUUUGUACUAUACUCCUUAUUGCAAAUGUAUCAUACGUUUGAUUUAGAAGAAGCAAGUGGAGUUCGACCGAAUCUGGUUGAACAAAUUCGUUCAAUGUGUGAACAAUGUGGUCCAAACAGUCUGAUAGAUUUACCACAACUAAUUACAAAACGUUUGCCUGAUUUUCUAAUUCUUGUUAUACGUCAGUUAACUAAUCCAAACACUGGUGAAUUCAACAUUGGUAAUCUAUCUUCAUCGGACUCCGUGAAUAUAGAGUCAAUAGAAUCAACUUUACCGUAUACAGAUAAAUCCACUAGUUUAUCUAAACUUUGUUCGAUGGUACAAGAGGAGUACACUUGUUUUUCUAAUGGAAGCUUUGAAUGGAACAAUGCAAUUAGUCGGGGUAAUGUGUUCUUGUGUUUAUUGUUUCGAUAUUUCAUGGAAUAUCAAAAUAUCCCAAAUAAAGCUAUCAGUGUUUUACAGCGUAUGUCUGCCAAAUUUCUUAAUCGACAACUUCGUAUGCUUUGUGAUUAUGUUGUGGCUUCUUUGACAUUAACUACACAAGUGAAUUUCUCAACUGAAAAGUGUCUAUCUUCGUUAUCAAAUUUCUGUUUACUUUGGCACGUUGUUCCGUUAGAUCGAUUUCUAUUGUUCCUGCUUAUGCAUACAAGAUACCAACAUGCACAACUUGGUACUGUGAAUCGAAUCAUUGUUUAUUUAUUUACACAAUCGGAUCAACUUAUUAGUGGCAUAAAUUAUUUGAAUACUAAAUAUGAGGUUAAUUCUAAUAAUAGUGAUUCAAGUACACAGAGAAGGUCGCCUCAUUUUGACCCAUUGUCUAGUCGGCAUUGGUUUUCGUGUAUUCUUGCUUUGCAUGAAAUUAUUCCUGAUCAGUGGAUCACAUAUCCAAAAUCUUGUACAAUAUCUGGCAAUAAUACUAAUAACGAUUCACUUGAUGAAACGGACAAACCUCCACAUUUACCUGUAUUCUAUGGUCACUUGUUACUACGUUUACUACCACUGUUAGAAGUUGUACUAAUGCAGUUCUUAAUGUGUGAAGUACCAUUCGUUUUAUUGAUACCAUUUUGUCGAGUUGUUGCACCUUUGUUUCGUUAUCACAGACGUCCAGUUAAUGUUUGUUAUACAUUACUACGUGAUCAUGCAGAAUUUACUUUGAAAACUUUACUAUGUAAAUUACCAAAUCAAGUCCACCCAACUUUUCAGUUUCAGUUACCAACUUCUAAAUAUCUAGAUACUUCACCUUCAUCUGAAUUAGAUAUGGAAAAGACUCCGUGGAUUGUUGAUCGUUUAUUAUGUCAAUUAUUUGUUCACUGCGUCAUUAGCAAACACCAACAGCUCGCUAUAAAAGCAGCAAUUAAUCGUUAUUCAAAAAGUUUUAACCAACAACCGUCUUCUGUAAAUGGUUUAUUUACACAAGAAGGAUGGAAUAAUCUUCACUUGUGUGUGAAGCAGUCAGAAGUGUUUUAUGAUGCAAUAUGUAAAAAUCUCAGCAGUGUUAGUAGUGAUAAUCCUAUUGACCAUGACAGGACUGAUCAGUCUGUUGUAAAUAUUUUACUAGAUCCUGAAUCGUUUGAGACACAGUUCAGGUCAAUGUUUAUGAUGUGGUAUUCUUGUAAUGUAUUUAAAUACAGUUGGGAAUACUUAUUUGGAUUGAUUGAUCCAAUAUGUAAAAGUAACCAAAGACACGGGAUUUCUGGCCAUUCUGCAGGAUGGAGGAUUUGGAAUUAUGAAGAGUCGGUAUGCAUUCAAACUGCAGGUUUAUAUGCUGCCUCCAUCGAACUAAUGUCCAGUUUUAUGUUGCCUAAUGAAGUUACAUCGGUGGUAUCUGAUCUGUUAACUAACUGUGCAAAACAUAUAAAUUUCAAUCAGCUGCUGAAUAUCACUGGCGCCCUAGCUGUUACUUUACCUAGUGUUUACCGAUUUCCUCUGUUUAAAUUCUGCGUGACUCUAUUCAAUGACCCAAUUCUUUGUGACACCACACCUGAAUCGAAUCCAGUAGAUCCAGAAAAGAUGUUCACCUAUGUCUCUGAUAUAAAGUCUACUCAUAAUCUUAGUACCAAUACAAAAUGGCGUCGUUCAUCGAGAGCUUUACGUCAUAGAAAAUUGCUUGAUAAUAAUUUGACUUCUGUAGAUAAUAUCACCUCAGGAUCUGAAAUUACAUUUUCUAAGGACGAAACUACUACACCGCUAAAACCAUCAAAAGUCACUUUACACUUCUUCGAAAAAUAUCUUCCAUUAGAUCAGAAAACAGACUCUGAUUUAGCCAGUACACUUAGUAAUGAUGAUUGUAGUGUUGACUCGAGAUCACAUCAAAACACAGAAGCAAACCAAGCUCUAAAAGACAAUUUCAAUGACUCAAAAUUUUCAUCCGAUAUGAUGGAAUACCUAGUUAAAGCUAAUCUAUGGCAUUCAAUUUGGGCACAUGCUAAUACAACAUAUCUAGCAUCGUUACCUGGCAUUUUCGCAGAUCUCAUUUUACCAGAAUUGCACACUGAAGCUCAACUACUGAUGGCAUUUUAUCUGGUUGCACCAUUAAUGGGACCCUUGCACUCAGAGCGUCCAGCAAAAUUAGUUGAUCUAACUGCUGAACUGUACAGAGCUGUUUGGAAAGUUGACACCAUUUUAGCCAAAUCAAAUUACGAAAAAUCGGUUGAUUCAGAAGUUUCAAUGGUAGAUAUAAGUAAUUCAAAAAAAUUAGGCGAAAAUUUACCUUCAGAAACUGGUAUACCAUUAGUACAUGUUGAUACAAUAGCUGAUCUCUUGUAUCAUAUUAAAUAUAUGUACGUUGGAAAUGGCGUACUGGAUCAAGUUCGUCCACUACUGCCACAACUUCGACCAAGUUUACGUAAACGCCUCAAAUUCAUAUUACCUCAAGAUUCAACAGUAUCUCAGCAACAACAAAAUCCAAAUGAUUCCUAUCCAGUAUUUGAAGGGCGCAUAUACCGUGCAUCUGUUAAACCACCAACAUGUAACGGAGAUUUUUGAAUAUUGUACUUCAUAAUAAUAUUUUUGUCACUGUUUAAAAAUUCCAUUAUAUAUAUAUAUAUAUAUAUAUAUAUAUAUUAGUGAGAGGUAAAAACACUGCUUUAGUUUAUUUGCAUACCGAUGAAUCAGCUGUAUUUGUGAUGUAUUAUAAAAACUAUACUGUUUAUUUGUCCUUUCAGUUUAUUUUCACUCCUAAACAAUGCGUCUACCUAAAUCAAUAAAGUUUCAGCGGCAAUUGUAUUUGAUAUUACUGCCAAA